UGGCAUCUGUGGCCUGACAAGAGUGCAGGCAUGUAAAUGCAUGGAAGACUCGUUAGGCCAUUUCUGACACUGGAUCCAUAAUAAAAGGAUCAGACGGCGCAGUGAUACCAGCGGCUGCUAAACCAGACCAUGAUGCCGCCUAAACCCCCCAGGAAAAACCACAUGAUGAAGUGCAUCGUCACCAGCUCCUAUGAUGUCCAACAGCCGGUCUGUGAGGACCCCGACGCUUCAGUGCCUGCUGUCACAGAUGGAAGCCAGUUAGAGGUUCAAGUCAAGCCGGUACCUCGUCCCCGGUCUAAAGUGCAACCAAACACCAACAACAACAGUGACGACUCUGUGGACAAAACCAACAUCAUAACCAAUGUAGUGGGUUGCCAACUUAAUGAAUACCAGGCAGACUAUAAGAGUCCUCCACCCGUUCGUCCUCCCAGACCACCAGUGAGCAAACAUGUGACCUCCAGUGAACCUACAGCAGCAGUCGACGGAGACGAUCACUAUAUGAAUACUGAGACAGCUGAGAAGCCUCCAGCUGUCAGUACUGAGAUAAUACAAUCUCCUCCUCCACCACGGCCCGAACGCCCCCCUCUUCCCUCCAUCUAUUAUGGUAAACCAUUUACAACCAGGCCAAAAUCUGAGAUUCACACUAAUGAGUGUCAACAAUCCAGCCGUUCGUCCUUCAGCUCUAUACAACAAACUCCAGUCUCACCAACCCUCUGUGAUGAAGUGAGCACAGACUGUCCAGACAGACCUGCAGUUCCACCUCGACCCCCUCACUCUGCCCCCGUGUGUGACACCUCGCCUCCACAGACCAGACCACCACUACCUCCAUUCAGCCCACCACCCCCACCUUCGAUAGAGGGACCACUGGAGUCCGUGUACAGCGAGAUAGAGUAUCGUCCCUACCUGGACAUUCUGCCAGAUGACGAUGAUGAUAGGAGGACAGGGAGGCCAGCACUGCGUUUCAGACAAAACUGUCAGACUGGCUGCUACUCUCCUUGCCAACAGACCUCCCCGGACACAGAGGACAUCUAUGUGAUGCUGAGAUGGCUGAAAAUAGUGUCAAAAUCUGAUUACAUGGCUCCGUCACUGUAUGGCCUCAAUAUAGAGGAAGAAAUCAGAUCAUUCAGUCAGAGAGCCACGAAUGUGAGAAAGGCCUUGCGUCUCUACAACCUCCUCAUGAUGAAACGCAAUGAAAGCCUGCGGGACCUCAUCGCAGAGUUCAGGUCCAUCUCCAACAGCCUGGACAAGGUGGAGAAGAAGACCAAAACCAUGAGCAUUGCUGGAGGCACCACAGGCGCUGUGGGAGGGAUGACUGCAGUGUUGGGUAUUGCCUUGGCUCCUGUGACCAUGGGCACCUCACUGAUUGCCACAGCUGUUGGUGCUGGUAUGGUGGCAUCCGCUGGGGGUAUGGGCGCCCAGGCUGCCAAGGCCAACAAGAAGAUUGUGAAUAGGAUGACAGUUGAGAAACUAGUGUACGAAUACAAGGCAAAUGUUGUUGACCUGGAACACUGUUUGGAUUUUAUCCUCUCUGGAAUGAACGAGCUGCGACGGCACGACAUUGCCAGGUUACAGAGGGCAGGAGCCCAAACUGAUGCACUGAAGAUGGCCCAUCUGUCACAGUCCGUGAUUCGGAAUAACAUGAACAACGACAGGAAGUGUGCACACGCAGGUGGGAUGCCAUCUGGGAGACUGCUUCAGGCUUUUGCUAAGGAAAUGGAUCAUUAUUUCACAGAAGACCAGAGGCUGAAGCAGUCGAAUAAGAGCAAGUUUUCUGGUCGGGUUCGCCUGCUGGCUCAGAAUCUACAGGAUGAACUGGAUCACCUGAAUCGUAUGUGGGAAAUGUUUAGCUGAACAAAGAACUUGUUGCUGAUUUGUGUGUAUGUGCGUAAUAUGUCAUAAAAUGUUAUAACUGAUGUAAAUUCCUUAUUUACUGCUUAUGUUGCUUAUGUUCUAAUAAACAUUUUAUUU